CCUCCGCGCGCCGCCGCCGCCGCCGCCGCCGCCGCCGGCUCCCCGCCGCCCGGGCCCGGGCCGGCUGCGCCGGGGGCCGCCGCGCUGCCUCUCGCAGCUCCGCGCCGGCAGGGCAUGAGUUAGUCGCCAGACAUGGACACCAAACAUUUCCUGCCGCUCGACUUCUCCAGCCAGGUGAGCUCCUCGUCCCUCAGCUCCCCGGCCGGCCGAGGCGCCAUGGCGGCCCCCUCGCUGCACCCCUCCCUGGGGCCAGGCAUCGGCUCCUCGCUGGGCUCCCCUGGGCAGCUGCACUCGCCCAUCAGCACCCUGAGCUCCCCCAUCAACGGCAUGGGCCCGCCCUUCUCGGUCAUCAGCUCCCCCAUGGGCCCCCACUCCAUGUCUGUGCCUACCACGCCCACCCUGGGCUUCGGCACCGGCAGCCCCCAGCUCAACUCGCCCAUGAACCCCGUCAGCAGCAGUGAGGACAUCAAGCCCCCGCUGGGCCUCAAUGGCGUCCUCAAGGUCCCCGCCCACCCCUCAGGAAACAUGGCGUCUUUCACCAAGCACAUCUGUGCCAUCUGUGGGGACCGCUCCUCAGGCAAGCACUACGGGGUGUACAGCUGUGAGGGCUGCAAGGGCUUCUUCAAGAGGACAGUGCGCAAGGACCUGACCUACACCUGCCGUGACAACAAGGACUGCCUGAUUGACAAGCGGCAGCGGAACCGGUGCCAGUACUGCCGCUACCAGAAGUGYCUGGCCAUGGGCAUGAAGCGGGAAGCUGUGCAGGAGGAGCGGCAGCGGGGCAAGGACCGGAACGAGAAUGAGGUGGAGUCAACCAGCAGCGCCAACGAAGACAUGCCAGUGGAGAAGAUUCUGGAAGCUGAGUUGGCUGUCGAGCCCAAGACGGAGACCUACGUGGAGGCGAACAUGGGCCUGAACCCCAGCUCGCCCAAUGACCCCGUCACCAACAUCUGCCAGGCAGCUGACAAGCAGCUCUUCACGCUGGUGGAGUGGGCCAAGAGGAUCCCACACUUCUCCGAGCUACCCCUGGACGACCAGGUCAUCCUGCUGCGGGCAGGCUGGAACGAGCUGCUCAUCGCCUCCUUCUCCCACCGCUCUAUUGCCGUGAAGGAUGGGAUCCUGCUGGCCACCGGGCUGCACGUCCACAGGAGCAGUGCCCACAGCGCAGGGGUGGGCGCCAUCUUUGACAGGGUGCUGACGGAGCUGGUGUCCAAGAUGCGGGACAUGCAGAUGGACAAGACCGAGCUGGGCUGCCUGCGGGCCAUCGUCCUCUUUAACCCYGACUCCAAGGGGCUCUCGAACCCGGCAGAGGUGGAGGCGCUGAGGGAGAAGGUGUACGCGUCCCUGGAGGCUUACUGCAAGCACAAGUACCCCGAGCAGCCUGGCAGGUUCGCCAAGCUCCUGCUGCGCCUGCCGGCCCUGCGCUCCAUCGGGCUCAAGUGCCUGGAGCACCUCUUCUUCUUCAAGCUCAUCGGGGACACGCCCAUCGACACCUUCCUCAUGGAGAUGCUGGAGGCCCCACACCAGACCACCUAGGCCUGCGCCAGCCUGUGCACUGCCCCAUCCGGGCCCCGCCUGGACGCAGCUGCUCUGCUCGGCUCCAGCCCUGCCCCUGCCCUCCCCUGCCUGGCCUGUGUGGACCUGUGGGUGCAGUUUGUCACUGCCAUCCCAAGAGAUGUUUGCCACCUCGUCAUCUUUACCACUGCUUGUCUCUGGCCCAGGCUGUGGCUUUUCCAGGGCAGCAGCCAGGGUGGCCGGAACUGGCAAGACCCAGGCCCCUCUGCUGGCUCUGGCAGGCCCCCUGCUGUGUCRCCUGCAGGGUGCCGUGGAGCGGCUCCUGGGCCUCAGGGCCUAGAGCUGCGGGAGCGGCAGGUGCCUUGUUUGGGUUGUCGUUUGCUGUUGCUGGUUCUAGGGAUGCCCUGYGCCCCCCGGAGUGAGCCAUCUCCUGCUCUGAGUACCGGAGCCUGGCCAGCUGCGAGGGCCUGUCCGGGUCAGGAGGAAGGGCCGGUGGGGCAGGCCGGCUUCUCAUUGCAAAAGACCCCCGCUGCCCCUGGGAGCCAAGAGGGGCCUGUGGGCUGCAGGCCGCGCUGCACUUGGCGUGGAGGUGGAUAGCCCUGUUUUCCAAAGAUAAUUUGCAGCUUGGCCCUGGGACACUGAGAACACAAGCUGACCUCUGCAGGGCUUGGGCCACCUGGAGGCUGCAGGAAUGAGGGCCAUGGGUUUCUUCUUGUCAUUGUGUGGUUCCWGCUUCUCCCCACCCGAUGUUCCCAUUCAGCCAGGGUGACGGACCCUCGUCCCUGACCCCUUUCCUACCCAAGUCUUCCCUUGCAGUCUGCGAGGUGGACCGAGGCUAGUCCUCACUUCCUGGGCGGCCCAGUCUCAGGCAGGUGGUGUGUCACCCUCUUAGUGGCCUUGUGGGCAGCACACAGGCUGUCCUGUCCCCGUGUAGUUCUACUGGCUUCAUGUGUGGAUGGCGGCCACCCCGAUGGCUUCUGUGAGGGACGGGAGGCUAGAGGCUGCCUGGCUCUCUCAGAGAGAGGCAGGAGGCACUGAGACCCAGAGGGACUCCUGGGGGACGAGCCAUGUGGGUGGGCAGAAGCACUGUGUCCUGGAGCAGCCGACACCCUCUGGGACCCCUGUAUGGAUUCCUUCUCUGGCUGUUCUGUCUGGAAGAUUCUGCAGGCCUGGCCAGAGCCCCCAGCACCACGUUGUCUGUGGACGACGUUGGCCCAGAACCUUCACUGGGGGCUCCAUCUCACCCCCACCCUGAAGGGUGGAGGGCUGCUGCCUCCUGGCUCAGCCCCGUCCAGCCAGRCCCCUCCUGCGCRGCCUGCUGGGCUCCGAGGUGUGGGCUGCUCUCAGGUUGGACUGGCCUCUUUGCACUGUAAGCCCCCUGGGCGCCAGGACUUGGAUGCUCACUUCUCAGACCCYGUUGGGGUGGGGAGGUGUCACAGGGAAGGGCCUGUGUCUCCCAACCUCUGCAGAGGCGCACUGCCCUGGCGGGAGGAGGAGUCUGAGGUUGGUGGGGGGUGCUGGGAGGGGUCGAUUUCCAGGCCUCCGCAGGAGCGGUGUGUCGGUCCCUAACUGAGGUACUUGGGCAGAGGCUGCAGCCCAGUCUGCUGGAGGCAGAGGCCAUCAAAGAUUCCAGAAGCGCCCUCCCUCACCCUGCCCCUCUUCUCAGCACGGCUCGGGCACACACACAGAACUCUGCGCUGGUACCAGGGCCGGUUGCCCCUCCUCCCAGACUUUCCUGGGAAGUCUUGGCAGCCUUUGGGACAUGGUGGGACAGGCAGAGGGCGUGACGCUCUGCAGAUCCCCGUUCCCCACCCAGCACUGUGCCUUCUGCACCUGAUGUGCCCAGCACUCACGCCGCCCCGCCACAUGCGCUGCCYGAAGCCCUGGGUGGGGUUUCCUGGGGACUUCUUGUUUGGGGCCCAGCUCUCUGUCUGUAAAGCACCGAGGUCCCCGGCCACCACCUCCCGACACCAGAACCCCAGUCCCCCGGUCCGUGCAGCYUUGCCCGCUGUCCUGCGUCACCUUAGACUGUCCCGUGGGCUCCCCGUCCCUUCUCGUUAGUCUCACUGUCACAUUCUGGGGGUACAAUGCUGUUUGUCUGCGGGGGAUUCGUGGAUGUCAAGUGGCCCUGGACGGAGGCAGGGUGUCGGCCAGGCCUUUAGUAGUGUUACCAAUCUGGCGCAAUUAAGGUGAUUUUUUUGUAAUUAUUAUUAUUUUGGUGGGACAAUCUUUAAUUUUCUAAAGAUAGCACUAACAGCRGCUCAUGAGCCACCGUGCCCCUGCCCGCCUUGGCCUGGUGGGACAACAGGGCUGCUUCCCGCUGCUGCCUCCUGGGUCCCUGGGCCUCAGGUGCCGAGGCACACUCCUCUGCUGUGUCACCUUCCUGCCUGGACCUUCAGAUGGCGUGCCCCAGCUGGGAAGUGAGGACGGCCAGAGCCAGGUGGCCUGCCCGGGAUGUGUCAGCCAUUGUCGUCACCCUGGAAGCACAUGGUCUCUGCGGGAAGUCGGCCCCACACCAUCAGUUUGCCAAGUCAGCGCUCCCAGGGACUCCAGGCUGGCACCUGUGACAGUGCAGAGCCCCCUGCCCAAGGGGUUCCCAGGGGGUCCUGCUGGAGCAGGCAGCAAGUGGGUGAUCAGCUGAUGUCCCCAUCAUGGAACUGGGGUGUGUGACCUGGGCCCUGUCCACGCAGGUGUGUGGCCAGCACGUGUGUGCUGUGCAGACUGGGACGGCCAUGCACCGGGGACAGGAGGCGCGUCUCGGUGGCCAGUGUUCUGUUUGUUUUUAACUGACUCCCUGUUCUGUAAAUUUGCUUCCUGUGAGCAAGUGCUGAGGACCCCGGGUGGGGUGGGGUCGAGUGAGUCCCCCCGGCCAGGGGGUGCAUCUAUUUUAAGAUGCCCGGAGCAGCGGCAUAGCCGGCCCCAGUCUGUAGCUGCCUCAGCUGGGACGCCGCUGCGGCCUUAGCGAGGGUGACGCAUCCGCAGAGAUAGAGAAGGUGUCUAACGCGUCGGGAAAGGUAAAAGAAUCUAUUUUUGUACAAAUGUAAUUCUACCCCUCAUGUAUGUGGGUGAUGUGGCCGGGUGGGACCCUUCUGUCUCUGCUUCUGGCAGUCUGGAUGGAUCCUGGGGACCCCGUGGGGACCUCCGUGAGACCCGCAGGGUCUCCUUCCCCUUUCGAGUGGCCUGUGACACCGUGCUCUGUCCCUGGCGACCUGCCUUCCUGCGGUCUGACUGUGAAGUUCUUCCCUGUUCUCUGAACAUGGCGCUGCGGACGCCAGGGCUCUGCCCACAGUGGUGUUGGAAUUGUGGGAAAGAAACCCGUGGAGACAUAACGUGAGCGGAGAAACAAAACCUGAGUGUUUCAGA